UGCUUCAUAACAAGAACAUAGCAUAUAAUUAGUAGGACCAGUCUCUUCCUCUCAAGACGAAAUACUUUUUAUAGGCUAAGACUAGCUGAGUCCCCCUAUGUCCACUACGACAACGACCUCUCCCAAUUCUCUUUUUUUUUCCCCCACCAAAUUAAAAGAAAAUGUUGUCGAGCAAAAACGUAGUAGCGGCUUGGAACACCACCAACACUACAACGCAAACGCAAACGCAAACGCCACACAGACCGUCACUGUUACACCCCACUUUUUAUUGGGGUUACAACUGCCAAGUGCUCUUCUCAGGGUGGCCUGGUUCUGACCGUGGGAUGUAUGCACUCGCACUUAUCUUCGUGUUUUUUUUGGCGUUCUUUGCUGAGUGGCUAACUCGGUGCUCUGACGCAGACUCCAUCAAACCGGGUGCUGAUAAGCUUGCUAAAGUUGCUUUCCGCACGGCUAUGUUUGCCGUUAAGUCCGGCUUUAGCUACCUUGUGAUUCUGGCUGUUGUUUCGUUCAAUGGUGGCGUUUUCCUAGCCGCGAUUUUUGGGCAUGCUCUUGGUUUCGCCGUUUUCCGUGGACGGGCUUUUCGGAAUGUGGGUCGAGUCGACGGGUAGGAAUCGUGAAUAUCAGUAUCUGCAUGGUUUAACACCGAACUAAACGAGAAUGGAACUUGUUUGGUUUAUGGUGUGAUUUGUCAUUUGUGUGUGUUCAUUGACAUGUAAAAAAAAAAAGAGAGAGAGAGUUGUUUUGUGAUUCGUAUCGUACGUUACAUUUGGUGAGUGAAGUAAGUGGCGAUCUGUUACUAUGGUUUUCAUUUUAUUUGUUUGUGAUUGUGAGAGAAUAACUUUGCCAAUUGUACAAAUACUAAAUUCUUCUGUGGAAUACAUCUACAACUACAACAGUUAUAUUA